CUCCUGGUGGAUGUGGUUUUUCCGGGAGAGACCACGCUUCCCAUGAAGCUCACCAACUGCUCCGCCUUCCCGCCGGAGCCUGACCCUUCCCAGAGUGCUUGGCGAUUCCGGCGUGCGAGGCCCUUGGAGGGCAAGGCCCCAGGGCCUGGCUUAAGAGCGCGAAAGGCGAACUGGGAAUUGUAGUUCAAGAGUCCACAAAGUCGACUAGAGGCGGCCUGUAGAAAGGACUCGUUGUCCCAGCGUGCCUUGCGCUUCAGCCCGCGCGCUCGCAGCUUCUCGCUCUCGCUCGCCCGCCCGCUCCCUGGCUAGCUCGCGCUUUCGCUCGCGCUUUCCUCGCGGAUCGAAGGGGCUGUAGGCACAGCCUGCGGCUGGGAAGGAAGACAGAGGCGGCGGCUCAGGAGGAACGAGGCUGCAGUGGUGGUGGUGGUAGUGGGAAGAUGUCGGGCGAGGACGAGCAGCAGGAGCAAACUAUCGCCGAGGACCUGGUCGUGACCAAGUAUAAGAUGGGGGGCGACAUCGCCAACCGGGUACUUCGGUCUUUGGUGGAAGCAUCCUGCUCAGGUGUGUCCGUACUGAGCCUGUGUGAGAAAGGUGAUGCCAUGAUUAUGGAAGAGACAGGGAAAAUUUUCAAGAAAGAAAAAGAAAUGAAGAAAGGUAUUGCCUUUCCCACCAGCAUUUCAGUAAAUAACUGUGUAUGUCACUUCUCCCCUUUGAAGAGCGACCAGGACUAUAUUCUCAAGGAAGGUGACUUGGUAAAAAUUGACCUUGGGGUCCAUGUGGAUGGCUUCAUCGCUAAUGUGGCUCACACUUUUGUGGUUGAUGUAGCUCAGGGGACCCAAGUAACAGGGCGGAAAGCAGAUGUCAUUAAGGCAGCUCACCUUUGUGCUGAAGCUGCCCUGCGCCUGGUCAAACCUGGAAACCAGAACACACAAGUGACAGAAGCCUGGAACAAAGUUGCCCACUCAUUUAAUUGCACACCAAUAGAAGGUAUGCUGUCACAUCAGUUGAAGCAGCAUGUCAUCGAUGGAGAGAAAACCAUUAUCCAGAAUCCCACAGACCAGCAGAAGAAGGACCAUGAAAAGGCUGAAUUUGAGGUACACGAAGUAUAUGCUGUGGAUGUUCUUGUCAGCUCAGGAGAGGGCAAGGCCAAGGAUGCAGGACAGAGAACCACCAUUUACAAACGAGACCCUUCUAAACAGUAUGGGCUGAAAAUGAAAACUUCACGUGCCUUCUUCAGUGAGGUCGAAAGGCGUUUUGAUGCCAUGCCAUUUACUUUAAGAGCAUUUGAAGAUGAGAAGAAGGCCCGCAUGGGUGUGGUGGAAUGUGCCAAACACGAACUGCUGCAGCCAUUUAAUGUUCUCUAUGAGAAGGAGGGUGAAUUUGUUGCCCAGUUUAAAUUUACAGUCCUGCUCAUGCCCAAUGGCCCCAUGCGGAUAACAAGUGGUCCCUUUGAGCCUGACCUUUACAAGUCUGAGAUGGAGGUCCAGGAUGCAGAGCUAAAGGCCCUCCUCCAGAGUUCUGCAAGUCGGAAAACCCAGAAAAAGAAAAAAAAGAAGGCCUCCAAGACUGCAGAAAAUGCCACCAGUGGGGAAACAUUAGAAGAGAAUGAAGCUGGGGACUGAGGUGGGUCCCAUCUCCCCAGCUUGCCGCUCCUGCCUCAUCCCUUUCCCACCACACCCCAGGCUCUGUGAAGUGCAGUUCGUCUUCUCCACCCAGGACCGCCAGCAGAGCAGGAUCUCCCUGCCCCCAUCCCUGUCCCUACCCCACUCCCUGUCCAACAACAACCAGCUCCAACUGACUCUGGUCUUGGGAGGCCAGGCUUCCCAGCCACCGAAGACUACUUUAAAUAGAAAAGAGAAAUUGAAUAAUAAAAUCAGGAGUCAAAAUUCA